GUGACCGCUUAGUCUUCUCACACCACACAUCGUACCUUCUCCUCUUCUCAUCCGAACUCUCCCAUGGCCUCUCUUGCCCAAAAUACUGACAGGUUUUCCAUAGCCAUGGAACGAACUGGCCAAUGGAUUUUCUCUCAGGAUAUUCCUGUCGAUGUGGUAGUCGAAGUUGGCGAAGCCAAUUUCUCUCUACACAAGUUUAUGUUAGUGGCCAAAAGCAACCGGAUCAGGCAACUUAUAUUGGAAUCGGACAAACCAGACCUGACUCGAAUAAACCUUUCCGACAUUCCUGGAGGACCCGAGACGUUCGAGAAGGCAGCUAAGUUCUGUUACGGCGUCAACUUCGAAAUCACAGUCCACAAUGUAGCUGCUCUCCGAUGCGCAGCCGAGUACCUCCAAAUGACCGACAAGUACUGCGAUAACAACCUCUCUGGCCGUACAGAAGAUUUCCUUUCUCAGGUCGCCUUGUCCAGCCUCUCCGGCGCCAUUGUCGUCCUGAAAUCGUGUGAAGAUCUCACUCCCAUCGCUGAAAAUCUCAAAAUCGUUCAGAGAUGUGUAGAAGUAGUCACCUCCAAGGUUACAAUCGAGGCAAACUUUCCAAGUCGACCUCCGACGAACUGGUGGACGGAGGAGCUGUCAAUAUUGGGCAUUGAAUUCUUCGGGAGAGUUAUAACAUCCAUGAAACAACGUGCAUCGAAAACGUUUACCGUAUCUAGCGCGAUCGUAACAUACGCCGAGAGAUGGCUCCGGGAUCUGAUCCGGGACCAGUCUGGCGCCGGCACCAAGGCCUUGGCCUCCGACGACUCCGACCUCAGAGUCAAACAGCGGGAGCUUAUACAGUCCAUAGUGGCUCUCCUUCCUUCCGAGAAGGCGGCUCUACCGAUCAACUUCCUCUGCUGCCUCCUCAGGUCGGCCACGUUCGUCAAGGCCUCCACGGCGGCGAAAACCGAGUUGGAGAAGCGGAUAUCGGUGAUUUUGGAGCACGUGACUGUCGACGACCUGCUGGUGUUGUCGUUUACUUACGACGGCGAGAGGCUGUUCGAUCUGGAGAGCGUGAGGAGGGUUAUCUCAGGGUUCGUGGAGCGGGAGAAGAGCGUGGCGGUGUUUAACGCCGGUGACUUCAGAGAGGUGUGCUCUGCUGCGAUGCUGAGAGUUGCUAAGACUGUGGAUGCUUAUCUCGGCGAGAUAGCCACAUGUACUGAGCUUAGUAUAUCGAAGUUUAAUGGCAUCGCCGUCCUCAUCCCGAAAGGCGCGCGUAAAGUUGACGACGAUCUCUACCGUGCCGUUGAUAUUUACUUGAAGGCUCAUCCAAACCUUGAUGAGAUAGAGAGGGAGAAAGUGUGUAGUGUUAUGGAUGCGUUGAAGUUGUCGUACGAAGCGAGAUUGCAUGCUUCGCAAAAUAAGCGUUUGCCGGUACAGAUCGUGCUGCAUGCCCUCUAUUAUGACCAGCUCAAGCUAAGGAGCGGUGAAGACGAGAACGACACGCAAAUUGAUGCAGCGUCGACCAGAAAUCAGGUACAGGCCGACGUUUCGUUGGCUAAGGAAAAUGAGGCGCUGAGAACAGAGCUCCUGAAGAUGAAGAUGUACAUUUCAGACGUAAAGAAGACCGGAAGUGGUGUAGGUGCAAGUGCAGCGCUAGCGACGACGUCGUCUGGGAAAGGCGGUGCGCCGAGAAAGACGUUUUUCUCGUCGGUGUCGAAGAAACUGGGGAAGUUGAAUCCGUUCAAGAAUGGUUCUAAGGACACCUCAAACAUUGAUGAUUGUGUGGACGUUACCAAGCCUAGAAGAAGGAGGUUUUCCAUUUCUUAAUCAAGUCUGUUUUAAGCUUCCGCGUACGUACUCAAUCAGUAACUGUACCUGUUUGCAUUUGUGGUGGUGAUGUUUUUAUAUUUUUCUUGUUUGUUCUUUCUGUUUUUUAUUGA